GCUCGCCUCCUCUCUGUGUGUUCUUGCCCGUGCUCGUCCUGUUUUGUUUUCCUGCCUCUCCGAGUCGCGAGUUUUGUUGUGCGGAAGUGAAAAAAAAUUCGAUACAACCCAUCCAAAAGUGGGCCAUUCGGGCGGUGUCCUGCCAGGACCUGUGCCAGUGUGUGAGUGAGCACUGCACUUCGGCCAGUGAGAGAGGGAGAGAGUGGCUAAACAGAGCUAAGCGAUCUGUUUUCGCCAAGAUAGCGAACCUGUCGACCGGACAUUCGGCCAGUCCCUCUGGGGGACUGGGAUUCGUUGGCAUCCUGCCCUGCUCGCUGCACUGGCAGCCGCCGGGCAAGGCGCCCAAGCUGCUGAGCUACUCCUCCGAUGCCCGUUCCGCCAGUCAGCCAUAUGCGAUGCCAGCCUCAGGGAACAACAAUUGCUGCGGCAGUUGCAGCAAUGGCUGCUGCCAGGACUGCCGUUGCUGCAAGCAGGACUACGAGCAUUUGCCUGUACCGCGACUGCGGCACCAACAGCCGCCACCACCACUCUACCAAAAUCCACAGAGCCAGCAGCAGCAUCAGCAAGUCAGCUGCAUCACAACCCUACAGCAGACAACAACAACGCAGCAGUUGCAACAGUUACCAGCACCAGCAACAUCUUCUAUUCAAAACUUUUCCUAUGGCAACUGCCUCAUGCCACCAACAACAACAACAUCCAGUACCUACGUCAGCAAUAUGGGGCCAGAGCCGUCGCUUCUCCCCAUGCAACAUUGCCAUUCUCAUUGCAAUGGCUACAGCAGCAACAUGCAACCCUGCAGCAACAAUUCACCUGCUCAGUCGAUGAUCUUGGUGCCCUUCAUGUUGCCCAUGCAACAGGAACAUCCGCAGCAACAGCAACGUUUUCAAGUGCAACCUCCUUUGCCGCCGGCGGAGGAUGGCAAGUGCAUGUUUCAGGCCAAAAGCGUUCCACCGCCGCCACAGCCACCGCCGCUGCUCACCCACUUUCAGUCGCUGUUGCAGCCACCACCGCUGCCACCAUCUUCACCGCUGAUGCCUCAACCACCUGUCACCUGCCCCCUGCCCAACAGGGCACCUGCCACGCCCCCGCUGCCGGCCACCCACAAUGUUCAGAGCCUUAAAUGCGCGGCCGCAUCGGCUGUCGGUGUUUACCAGCGGAAUGGCAAAUUGCCCAGGAACCUGCCCGCCCUGCGUGCCAUGGAAAUGGCGCUGCGUACCAACUCCUUUGCCACGCCCCCAAGGGCAGCAAGGACCGAAAGAGGCGGACAGGACAUGGAGGACUCUGACGAGGAAAUGGAGUACAUGCCGCCACUGCACAAACAAUUCCACAUCUUUGUCGGCGACUUGAGCUCAGAAAUUGAAACUCAGCAAUUGCGCGAAGCAUUCACACCAUUCGGCGAAAUCUCCGACUGUCGCGUGGUACGCGAUCCACAAACCUUGAAGUCGAAGGGCUAUGGCUUUGUGUCCUUCAUCAAGAAAUCGGAAGCCGAGAGCGCCAUUACGGCCAUGAAUGGCCAGUGGCUUGGCUCCCGUUCAAUUCGCACGAAUUGGGCCACACGGAAACCGCCGGCGAGUAAAGAGAACAUCAAGCCGUUGACCUUCGACGAGGUCUACAAUCAGAGCAGUCCCUCCAAUUGCACCGUUUACGUGGGCGGCGUCAACAGCGCCCUCACCGCCCUCAGCGAGGAGGUCCUCCAGAAGACCUUCGCCCCCUACGGCGCGAUACAGGAGAUCCGCGUCUUCAAGGACAAGGGAUACGCCUUCGUGCGCUUCUCCACCAAGGAGGCCGCCACCCACGCCAUCGUGGGUGUGCACAACACGGAGAUCAACGCCCAGCCGGUGAAGUGUUCGUGGGGCAAGGAGAGUGGUGACCCCAACAACGCGCAGACCAUCGCCACCCAGGCGCUGAACAGUGCCGCCGCCGCUGCCGCCGGCUUCCCGUACGGAGUGGGCGCGGCCGCCGCCGCCGCCGCCUACGGACAGCAGCUGGCCGCCACGGGCUGCUGGUACUCGCCCACGCCCACCUAUCCGGCCUCUUCGGCCACGGCGGCCGCUGUGACCCCGGCGGCGGCCAGUGCAGCCGCUGUGCAGAACCAGUUCCUGCAGGGCAUCCAGGGCUAUCACUUUGGCCAGUACGGCGGCUAUCAGCAGGGAUACAUGGGCAUGGGAGUGCAGAUUCCAGCCACCUGGCAAGGCGUCACCCAGGCGCAGAUCUCACCUGCCCAGCAGCUGGCAACGGGCGUGGCCGGCACCGCCAUUCCGCAGGCCGCCGGCGUGGUGGCCUAUCCGAUACAGCAGUUCCAAGUGAGCCCACAGGUUUAUCCUUUACUCUUGCAGGCACAGUAAACGCCAAAAGCCAAAAACCGAAAACCAAAGCAAAAUUUUUAAGUACAGCUGCAAUUUUCUGAACAGAAACAAAACCAAACUGAGCUGUAAAUAAAAUGCGAAGCGCAGAACACACAAAUUGCAAACAAUUGAUGGCAACUUGAAGUUUGGCGAUUUUAGAGAGCUGCACCCCAGAAACAAAAGCAAGCGCGAAUGCAAAAUCCGAAAUCCAAAAUCCACACCCACAAAAGUAUAUAUCUAUAUACAUAUAAAGCUAGAGCAUAAUUAUCUGUCAACGCCCGUUGAAUAAGCAUCGGGGGAAGCAAACAAUUAUUAUGUAUAUGCAAAAAAGGCAAAGAAAACGAACAUAUUUUUAACCCUAGUUGCUUACACCAUCACACACACACAUCUCACACCACAUAUUUUAAUGCUUUAUGUAAAUGUGUUGAAGCACGGCGCGUAUAUAAAAUAAUAAUAACAAUUAUUAAUUGAAGAAGGAAGCAGGAGCGUAAAUAAAAAAGGGGCAUAAAAUCUGGUCGAAGGAGAACGUAAUUCGAGUGGGUUCUAGCGGCCUAAAUUAAACACAGUCGCGGCAUUAAAUUAAAAUAAACAUAAUUAAAAAUGCGUUAAAAUAAAUUACGCGCACACGAACAGGCUCACAUGUAUGCAAGUAAAUAUUUGUGCGUCUGUGUGUAUGUAAACCGCCCUUAACCCCACAUUAUCCUUUUCAUCUCACAGCAGGACCCGCAUCAUUUUGUAUUGCCUACUUUUGUGCGCAGUUUGGUUCUAGCUUAGCACACACACACUACUUUCACUGAACGAGUGAAAGUAUAUCUUUUUAACCAUCUAACUCUCGCAAUUGAGUAGAAGGUGGAAGUUAAAUGGUUAAAAAUGUCUAAGAAUAGUACUUUCACUCUACCACCCACACUUAGCACUAGUGCCUAUAACUAUGAUAGAUGAUACUGCUUAGAAACAACUGCCAGUUAUCGGGCCAAGUGCAGUUGAUUGGCCAACUAGCUCGUCAUGUCCUGCUACCAUUUCCUAUAUAGAAUGCAACUGAAAGUUCACGCACUCACACCGAUUUGUGAUCGAUCAGCAAUCGAAAGACAGGUUCCUACACACGCACACUCACACGGUCUCACCAGCACUCGCAGUUCGAAGUAUCUGAAUAUAUAGUAAUCGUACGAAAGUCCAGGAAAGUCCAGCCAGCCCAGCUGAUAAUUUGCUUGAAAUCCGACUCUUAACUCCUAAUCCAUUACGACUUUCGCUUCACUUUCAACAAGCGCUUCACGAGAGCCCAUGUACAAAGCAGCCGCAAAAAUGUUUCAAACUCCCUCCAACAACUAACUCUUUAACACGCCAGUAUUAACCCAUGUUUGUACAUGUUACGUUUAUGGUCUUAUUUCAGUUGCCAGAAGAGGAAUGGUUAGCUGCUAAUUUGUUGUGUUAGUUCUCUGUUGUUUAGGCCAAACGAAAGCGAUAAGGAAACCCAAAGCAAACCAAGUCAAACCAAACUAAACCAAACCAAACCGAAACCGAACCGAUAACCAAACAGAAUAUCCAAGUAGCUAAUAACAUAUAUAUGGUAUAGAAAGACAGAGAGAGAGAGAGCCGAACUCCCCUACACAAGUAAAGUAUAUUGAAAACAAUCAAAGUAUGCCAUCGAAUGAUAUUAAUUGAUAUUAGCUAAUCGAGCAUAGCCGUAAUAAAGUAGAUAUUAUCGCCUAAUCAUAUAAGCCAAUAAACACACUUGCAGCCCGAAAACAGAGACAGACAGUUUCGCAGGACACAGGACACGAUAACGAUAACGAUAACGAUACCCAAGAGGCAAGCAUUAAUCAACUUAUAGACAACAUGACACACACCUACGAUAGGGGUCGAGAAUUUCAGAUGGUAGUACAUGAAUGUGAAACAUAAAAAUAGUCAUAUGGUAAAUACAACUAAAAGUGUAGAGUAUAUAAAUGUAAAGUGGUAAAGCCUAGACUUAGAGUUGGUUGAUAAGUACAUAGAGUAUACAGCAUAUGCAUUAAACAAACAUGCUUAUAUAACAUAUAUAUACAGGCCGUAUAGAGAACACCCACACUCACACCACAAACAAACACACACAAUCACACUCACACGGUGUUCACAUAUGGAGAAGAAAAACUAAAUGCGAGCAACGUAUGGUAAAUGAUAUUUAUUGUUUAGUGUGUUGUAUGCGUUGGAUGAUAAAUCACAAAUAGAUGUUCAAAAUGAAAACCAAUUAAAACGAUGACAAGAGCAGCAACAACAAGCAAACAAAUCCCAAGUACUAGGAAUAGCAAUACGCAUACGUAACGUAAUCGCAAUCGCAAUCGCAUUCGCAUAUAUACUCGUGCGUAUCGGACAAUUAAGCUGCAAAGGACGAAAGGACGAGGCUUGAUUUGCAUUUGACACGCCCCAAUCCCCAGCGAAUUGGCAGCGUGGAAUUUGUUAUGUCAUUUUUUAGUGGAAUUUUUCGCAGCUAACGUAUCAGAGCAUUUAGUUACUCGGGUGUGGCCCCCAGCACCAGUAAAUGUCUAUCGAUAAUACCCACGCCGGAACACGUAUAUGUAUUACGAAUAUAUCCAUAUAUGUUUGUAGGAUGCGCUCACUCAGUACGAUAAGAAGGGUCAGGGGAUUUUAGCCAAGGAUCUGUGGAUCAGCAGGACAUGUAGUCUUUAGGGGCAGUCGUACUGUAUAUUUAAAUGUUUUUAGCACUAGAAUUUAGAGAAACUACGUGACGCAUGGCAUGCGAUUUAGAUGUAGAUGUGAUUUUAAAGUGGGCGGGAUUGGGCCGGAUUAAUGCAAGUGAAGUGAAGCUGACAAAUGCAUUUUUUGUUGUUAUUUUAUUUUCUAGAAAUUUUGUUGAAGUGAAAAAAAAAUGCGAGAACAAAAAUUUGAAAUGUUGUUGACCAAACGAAAAAAAAAUAAUAUAAUCUUAAAAGACCG